UUCGGGGCUUAGCAGACUACUAAAAUCGAUGGCUACAGAUUCGAAGGCAAUGGAUGCUUCUUCCGACGGAGAAGCUCUCGAAGUAAAAAACUCGGAUCACAAUGAAGAAGAGAACUUUCAGCCUCAAACAGGAGAAGGAGCCAGUCCUGGAAAGAUAUUCAUUGGAGGUUUAGCAAAAGAGACAACUUCUGUACAAUUCACCAAGCAUUUUGGUAAAUAUGGUGAAAUGACGGAUUCCGUCAUAAUGAAAGAUCGAAGAACAGGGCAACCACGUGGGUUUGGAUUUGUGACUUAUGCAGAUCCUUCCGUGGUAGAUAAAGUCAUUCAGGACACUCAUAUUAUCAAUGGGAAACAGGUUGAAAUCAAGCGGACCAUACCAAAGGGAGCCAUUGGCUCUAAGGAUUUUAGGACGAAGAAGAUCUUUGUGGGUGGAGUUCCUACAACUGUAACAGAAGAUGAGUUUAAGGACUUCUUUGCAAAGUUUGGAGAGGUCAAGGAGCACCAGAUCAUGCGGGACCAUGCCACCAGUCGUUCUCGUGGCUUUGGAUUUAUUACGUUUGACACUGAGAAAGAUGUUGAUGAUCUCUUGGCCAAGGGGAAUAAACUUGACCUAGCCGGAGCUCAGGUGGAAAUCAAGAAGGCUGAACCAAAGAAAGGAUCGAAUGUGCCUCCAUCAGUACCCAAGCGUUUUAACGAUCCUAGGCCCACUUUUGGUGGUGGGUUUGGAGAUGGUUAUGGUGGAUUUGGUGGUGGCAGCGGUGGCUUCGGUGCUAGUUCUUAUAGGUCAGGAGGGGGUUAUGGGGGUAGACCCAGUGCAUUUGGUGGAUAUGGUGGAACUGAGUUUGGUGGUGGUUAUGGAGGAUAUGGUGGUAGUGGCUUAGGAUCUUAUAGGGGAGAUCCCUCCCUAGGAUACUCUGGCGGCUAUGGUGGAAGCUUUGGUAGAGGUUAUGAUUUAGUAGGUGCUUAUGGUAGUGCAGCUGAUGGCUAUGGAGGAUACGGAAGUGGUGCCAGUGGUGGCUAUGGCAGUGCUUAUGAUUCCAGCCUUGCAGGUGGUUAUGGAGGUAGCAGUGGAGGGUCGUUAUAUGGGAAUAGAGGGGCUUAUGGAGGUAGUGGAGGUGGUCGUUACCAUCCUUAUGCGAGGUAGCUGAGGGCCAUGAAGCAAGGCCAUUGUGAUCAUCCAGUGCAAUAUUAAGAUUUCAGUCUGUAGAUUGAAGCCAUCUUACUCCACUGCGAUAUGAGAAGACACUUUCUUACUCUGCAGGGAGGCAAGGAAGCAAGGCCUUUGGUUAUGCGGAUGGUUACCCUUAAGUUUUUUUCUGUCUGAUUACAGUUUGUCUCUCUGAAGGGAGAGUUACUUCAGCCGUUUCUUCAUUGUUUCUCACUCUUUCUCCCUGGGGACUACCAGGAUGGGCCUUUAUUUGUAUCUCUUUUUCUUCUUUUUUUACAACUGCCAUAAAGGAGAAAAUAGAU